AUGAGAGGAUCCAAACUAGCUGCAAUCUUACUUAUAGCUACUACUAGCGUGUAUGCCAAUGUAAACGAGGAACUUCAGAAAAUGCUUAAUGCCAAUCAAAGACUCGAUGUAGAUGUACUUUACGAGCAAUGGCUUAAGGAAUUUGAUGGAGUCAGACCUAGCAAGAGGUUAGAUGCCAGAGGAGUGAAUCAAUUCAGAAAGGGCAUUUUUAACUCUAAAGUGAUGAAUAUCAUCUCUCACAAUCUCGACAAAACUAAAACCUUCAAGAAGGGACUUAAUCAACUUUCAGAUCUGACUGCAGAAGAAGUCUACAGAUACUACAACUUAAAAGCCUAGGCAGAGUAGGUUUGUUCAGCUACAUCUUCAGCUGCCAAGGAUUUAUCUUAGGCAUUAAAAUCUACUCCUGAAGCCUAUGACUGGAGAGAACACAACGGUGUAACUCCAGUAAAAGAUCAAGGCCAAUGUGGCAGCUGCUGGACCUUCUCAACAGUCGGUGCUGUUGAAGCUCAUUACCUUAUAAAAUACCAUCAAUUUAGAAACCUCUCAGAACAGUAAUUGGUUGAUUGCGCCUAAAACUUUGAUAAUCAUGGAUGCAAUGGUGGCCUUCCAUCACAUGCUUUUGAAUACAUUAAAGAUAACGGAGGUUUAUCAACUGAGCAAAAUUAUCCAUAUCAUGGUGUUGAUCAAACAUGCAAUAUCCCCUCAGGCACUCAAGUAGUCGGAGUAGUAGGAGGAUCAGUUAACCUAACAACUUCAGAAGAUGAUCUCAAAGUUGCAAUCUAUGAACACGGACCAGUCUCAAUAGCCUUCUAAGUAGUUGACGACUUUAUGGAUUACCACAGUGGAGUUUACGCCUCACAAGUUUGCGGCAACGGACCUAUGGAUGUCAAUCAUGCAGUGCUAGCUGUAGGCUACGGAACUGAGAAAGUCUCAGGAGUUGACAUUGACUAUUGGAUCGUCAAAAACUCUUGGUCAGCUUCAUGGGGUGACUAAGGAUUCUUUAAGAUUCAGAGAGGCGUCAACAUGUGUGGCUUAAAUAAUUGCAACUCGUAUCCACAAGAUGUCCUUAAUCUAUCCUCUGCUAAGGAAUUCCUUCAAUGA